AUGGUUAUGUACGUAAUCAAACGUAAUGGGCAGAAGGCCGAUGUGCAAUUCGAUAAGAUCACCAAGAGGAUUCGUCCGUUGACUAGAGGCCUCAAUGAGGACUAUGUGGAUGUGACGCAGAUCACUCAGAAGGUUGCUGAAGGAAUCUACCCGGGUGUCACUACUACGGAGCUGGACUCGUUAGCGGCUGAAACGUGUGCUUACAUGUCGCAAGUGCAUCCGGACUUCUCCACGUUGGCUGCCAGGAUCGCUGUGAGCAAUCUGCAUAAGAACACUCACGAGAGCUUCUCAGAAACGGUUACUGAGUUGUACAACAUCACAGAUAGUCGUGGACGCUCUAGUCCUUUGGUCAGCGAAGAGGUUUAUAACUUAGUCCUGAUGAACGCUGAUAAGCUCGAUAAGGCGAUUGACUAUGAUCGUGAUUUCGACUAUGACUAUUUCGGCUUCAAGACCUUGGAACGAUCGUAUCUGUUGAAACGACCUUCUGAUAAGACUUGUAUUGAGCGACCACAGCAUAUGAUCAUGAGGGUGGCAGUGGGCAUACAUGGUGAUGAUGUGGACGCGGCAAUAGAGACAUAUGCUUUGAUGUCAACGAGAGUAUUCACUCACGCGACUCCUACAUUGUUCAACUCGGGUACCCCUCACCCGCAGAUGUCCAGCUGCUUUUUACUUUCGAUCAAGGAGGACUCGAUCGAGGGUAUUUAUGACACUUUGAAACAGUGUGCGAUGAUAUCGAAGACUGCUGGGGGCAUUGGAGUUGCUAUCACGGGUAUUAGAGCUACAGAGAGUUACAUCCGAGGAACGAAUGGGUUCUCGAAUGGUAUAGUCCCGAUGCUUCGUGUCUUCAACGAUACCGCGAGAUAUGUGGAUCAAGGUGGAGGCAAGAGGAAGGGGUCCUUUGCAGUGUACUUGGAACCAUGGCAUGCUGACGUGUUCGAGUUCCUUGAUUUGAAGAAAAACCAUGGCAAGGAGGAGCAUCGUGCUCGCGACCUUUUCUAUGCACUAUGGAUUCCUGAUCUCUUUAUGAAGCGUGUUAUGGCUAACGGUGACUGGACAUUGUUCUGCCCGAAUGAAGCUCCUGGCUUGCAGGAUACAUACGGUGAUGAGUUCGAGGCAUUGUAUGAGAAGUACGAGAAGGAUGGUAUUGGUCGGAAAACGGUGAAGGCUCAGUCACUGUGGUUCAAGAUCCUCGAAUCUCAGCAAGAGACCGGCAUUCCGUACAUGCUGUACAAGGAUUCGGCCAAUCGUAAAAGCAACCAGAAAAACCUCGGGACCAUCAGAUGUUCCAACUUGUGCUGUGAGAUCAUCGAGUACACCAGCCCUGAUGAAGUGGCUGUGUGCAAUCUGGCCUCAAUCGCCCUGAACAUGUUCGUUGAUAAAAAGACCCGCACUUAUGAUUUUGGCCGUCUUCAUCGAGUUGCAAAGGUGGUGACCAAAAAUCUCAACAAGGUGAUUGACCGGAACUACUACCCUGUGCCAGAGGCCAGGAAGAGCAACAUGCGUCAUAGGCCCAUCGGUAUCGGCGUUCAGGGCCUCGCUGAUGCAUUCCUGCUCAUGCGUUUCCCAUAUGAAUCUCCGGAGGCAUUGAAGUUGAACAAUGAUAUUUUUGAGACUAUUUAUCAUGCCGCGUGUGAAGCUAGUAUGGAACUCGCGAAGAGGGAUGGACCUUAUGAAACCUUCCAAGGUAGCCCAGCGAGUGAGGGCAUCCUCCAGUUCGAUAUGUGGGAUGUAACACCCGAUUCGGGUAGGUGGGACUGGGCCUCGUUGAAAGAGGAGGUCAAGAAGAACGGCAUGCGUAACUCAUUGUUGAUUGCGCCCAUGCCUACUGCUAGUACUGCGCAAAUACUUGGAAACAACGAGGCUUUCGAGCCCUAUACCCAGAACAUAUACGUUCGCCGUGUGCUCGCUGGUGAGUUUGUGCAAGUGAACCGUCACCUAGUGGAUGACCUUAUGGAGCUGGGCUUGUGGAACGACGAGAUCAAGGAUAAGAUCAUCAGGAAGAAGGGAUCGGUCCAAGGUGUAGAGGAAAUUCCUAUGGAGAUACAGGCACUCUAUAGGACGGUGUGGGAGAUCAAACAGAAGAAAAUCUUGGACAUGGCCGCUGGGCGAGGACCGUAUAUUGACCAAUCUCAGUCACUGAAUAUACAUAUGACCAACUGUACUAAUGCCAAGCUCUCCUCCAUGCACUUCUAUGGCUGGAAACUGGGAUUAAAAACUGGACAGUACUAUCUACGUACCAAGGCUGCAGCUGAUGCCAUACAGUUCACUUUGGAUGCUAAGAAGGUUACAGUGGAGUCACCCUUGAAGCCCAGGUCGUCACCUUUGAAACCUCAAUAUGUUCAAGAGGACGAGGAAACCUGCAUCGCCUGCAGCGGCUGAUAGCAACUAUAUCGAUGGUGGACAUCAUGGGAAGCUGCAUUAUGUGAUUUAGAUUGAUCCCAUACCACAAUUAUCGUGUAGUUUCGUAUGGGUAAUUUUACUCGC